CUUCUGGUAGAUUGUGGGUUCUCUCUGCUGUCCUGCUAGGAGGUAGUGAUGUGACAUGGGCUGAAGAAACAAGUUUUACCUUUUCAUCUGGAAUGUGGAGAAUUUGUCUUUUUAAUGGCAAAAUGCUUCAUAACUUUGCCACCUACCAAGAGCUACCUAAUCCAGGACUUCUCACACUUGGAGUUGUUGUACUUUCUUGAUUUGUUAAUGGUACUUCAAUGAAUGUUCCCUAUAUCUCUCUUCUCUUCUUCACCGGAGGAAGCUAGGAUUAUUCUCUUCUAGAGCAGCAGUGUACUGUAUCUGUGAUCUAUAAUGAAUGCCAAAUCUGCAAUCAGCAAACAAAUUUUUGCCCCACAUGAUGAGAGGAUGCUGGGAGCUGUCCAAGUGAAAAGAAGAACAAAAAAAAAGAUUCCUUUCCUAGCUACUGGGGGUCAGGGUGAAUAUUUAACAUACAUCUGUCUAUCAGUAACGAACAAGAAACCAUCUCAAGCCUGUAUUACAAAGGUGAAGCAAUUUGAAGGUUCUACGUCUUUUGUCAGGAGAACACAGUGGAUGCUUGAGCAGCUUCGCCAGGUCAAUGGCAUAGACCCUAAUCGGGACUCCCCAGAAUUUGAUUUACUAUUUGAAAAUGCUUUUGACCAAUGGGUAGCAAGCACAGCUUCAGAAAAAAGCACAUUUGUUCAGGUUCUACAUCACACUUGUCAACGGUACCUUACAGACAAGAAGCCAGAAUUUAUCAACUGCCAAUCUAAAAUUAUGGGAGGAAACAGCAUACUCCAUUCUGCAGCAGACAGUGUGACAAGUGCCGUACAGAAGGCAAGUCAGGCUUUGAAUGAGCGUGGUGAAAGGCUAGGUCGAGCAGAAGAAAAGACAGAGGAGCUGAAAAACAGUGCACAGCAGUUUGCAGAAACUGCGCACAAGCUUGCCAUGAAGCACAAAUGCUGAGAUACUGCCAAAAGCUGAAAUCUUCCCAAGAGAAACUGAAAAGGCUACAUUCAGCAACUUUUACAGGAGAUCCAGACCGCUGUGUCUUUUUUCUUCCAGUGGAGGGGCAUUCUUUCAGUUUCUGCGCAGGAAAAAGUGUUGCAUUUCUACCUUUUUGACUUACUUUUGUCCCUCUUUUGUAAUAUUGCUGCACAGUCCUGCAGUACUUUCUACCUGCAUUUCAGUUGUUACAGGAUUGAAAUCAAACAGGGGAACUGGACCAAAUGGCAGCCUGGUCAGGAUUGAAAUAGUAAUAUUCUUCCCAAGAAAGGGUAUACUUUUCUUCAUUUUAUGUAACAUCAGCAGAAAGUGAAUGUUGGAAUUAAACACCUGGGGUUGUAACUACAGUGGAAAAUAGGCUGUUUUGUACUGAGAAACCGAAAAACUUCUUUUGGCUAUUCAAUGUAGUUUUGUGCCAUCACCAGUACUCAGAAGUGCAUAUCUGAAUUUCAUAGGGUAAUCGGUUACCAGUGAUACAUUUUGAAUAUUCCUAUUUUUCCUUCUGGUUUGAUUAUUUGACUAGUGUAAUGAAACCUACAGAAUGUAUGCUUGAGGUUUCAAAAUUGAGGAGAAAAGUAAUUUUUACACCUAUACACGUAUAGCUGUGCCUCAAAACACAAUCUAGAAUUUAGCAGUCUGGUAUAAAAUAACAUUUCAUUUCCUUUUUACCUGUGAUUCUGUGGCUGAAGGCUAAAGCAAAUGAGAAUGCGAAGGCCUGGGAAAAUGACAAUUCAGUAUUUUUCAAGUCUUCUGUUUUUCAUAAAUUCUACAGUAAGAAUUUUUGGGAACACUUCAGAAUUUUUUCUUAUUAGAAUUACUUUUCUGUUAGCUAGUAGUCUGAUUUUUGAAAUAGAGACUUUUAAAAAGCAUGUCUUGGUACAAUAUAAUUAUAAUUUCUAGUUUGGUUCUCAGUUUUCAAUAUACACUAUCACUGGAAGAGUGACUCCCUGCUUCAUUCUGUAUUCACUAUAUGCAAUACAUGCACUGUAGUCUCUUGCAAAAAUAAGUAGGGUACUCUUUUUACUUCACAGCUGUUUUCUUAACAUUUUUGAAGAUGUUCUAAUAUGCUUCUAGAACGAAGAAAAAAAAAAGAAAAAAUGAUUAUGCACUUUUUUUUUUGAAACUGUUAAGCCAAAACCAGAAAUCCUAGCAGAAGUUUCAGCCUUCAUCUUCUGAAGUUGCCUGCUUUUCAUUUUUUGUCCUCAUGUUAUCAGAGAGCCAGAAACCUGGCAUUAUAUGAAUGUACUGUAGUUUUCAUUUUGAAUGUAGAAUAAGGUUUUUGCAUUGUUAAUGACACUGUACACUCUAAAAGCCUCAGAGAAGCACUCAUAAGACAGAUAAAAGCUUCUGUAGUAAUUUAGAAUAUUUUAGUUACUGCAAGCUGAAGUAACUGAAAAUCUCUUGGAAAUGCCCAUUUUGUAAAAAGAUGCUUGGCUUUAGGAAAACAUUCUCAUUUGAACUAGGGACACUGACUAGUUAACUGAUUGCAUUCAAACUUUACAUCUGAGUUUUUUUCCUGUAAUUUAAACUGUUUUAUAUGAAGCUUUUUAUUUAAUUUCACACUGGGAAUUGAUAGAAGGGGUAAAUUUGUCAGCUGUGUAACACCAUACAAUCAUUUAGAUCUAUUUAGCAUCAGCUCUAACAGUUACUACAUGCAGCACUGUCAACUGAAAAGGAAUUUGGCCACAUCUGUUAGAACAGGCUCAUUAAUGACGUGAGUUCUGAACACUCUGCUGAGCUAUGUACAAUUAAUGCUUGCCCUGGAAAUGGGAAAUGUCAGUAGCUUUCUGAGUGUUAUUGUAAUGACUAUGGAUAUUUCUCCAAAUUAACCAGGAAAGCAGUCCCUCAUUGGAAAUUAAACUUCUGCUAGAGACAAAAUGUUAGGCUAUUUUUUAAAAAUAACUACAUUAGAAAUCAGUUAGGGAGUUAAUUUUUGACCACAUAACUAUCUUCUAUCAUCAUCUUUUCCUCUUUCUUUUUUAAUUACAUUCUGCUACUUACCUCACUAGUCUUUCUCUUGAGAGAAAGAAGGAAUAUGUUUUGAACUGCUGCCAUCUAGCUGGUCUUCUAAGCUUGUCAAUAAUUUAUAAGAAAUGUCUAAAACCCCAAUCAGAUAAAUCUGGAAAGAAUUAGUUGUCUAAAUUCAGAUAAAAUGGCAUAGGUUUUCAGGUGUUUACAUGAUUAUCAGCUGGACAGGACAAGGUCACAGUGGCACUGCUAAAUUCCAGACCUUUUGUGAGCUGAACUGUUCUAAACCACUGUCCCACUGACAGUUUUUCAGCAUUGUUUUUCUUAAUAUCCUCUAGUUAAAGUGUAUCGUGUUAUGUAUCGUAACUCAGGACUUUCAUCCGACCAUCAAAAGCCAUUUACUGUGUGAAUUCUUAGUAACGUAGUGUUAUUGAAUGAAGGAAAAGCAGUUCGUCUGUGUUUACUUUCUUCUUGCUGUUCAUUCAACUACAAGAUUUGGUAGUUCUUAGAAAAAAAAAUCAGGUGUAUAAAUGUCUAUCCAAAGGUAAAUCUUAUAGUAUUGCAGUUCCUUCUGGAACUUAGCUUGUAGUGUAUACAACCUAGUGUCGUUAGAUAGCCAUGUACAUAUACUGUAAUUCAGGUUAAUGUUUCAUAUGAAAGAAUGUAUUUGUAAAUUGUAACAACAUCAAUAGUUUCUUUAUCUUUUUAAAGUUCUGCAAAGAAUAAAAAUAAUGUCUUGUUAGA